UUACCUUCCUCAUCGCCUAUGAAAAAUGGAGAAUGCAGUGGUGCUGAUGACCUGCCCAAUGUCCGCCUACCUCGAGCAAGAACUCGAGAAACGCUUCACACUGUUCAAACUCUGGGAAUUCCCUUCGAAACCCCAAUUCCUGACUCGGCACGGCGACUCAGUUAAGGCGGUGGUGGGCAACACCAAAAUCGGCGCCGACUCGGAGCUGAUCGACUCGCUCCGCCGCCUCGAAAUCGUGGCCAGUUACAGCGUCGGCCUGGACAAAAUCGACCUGAGUAAGUGCAGAGAGAGAGGAAUUAGGGUUACCAACACCCCCGACGUGCUGACCGCCGACGUCGCCGAUUUGGCUAUUGGGUUGGCCCUCGCGGCGUCGAGGAAGAUUUGCCCCUCCGAUGAAUUCGUGAGAAGCGGGUUAUGGAAGAGUCGGAAUUUCGAAUUGGCGAAUAAGUUCAGUGGUAAAUCAAUCGGCAUAGUCGGAUUGGGCAGGAUCGGCUCAGCAAUAGCCAAGAGAGCCGAGGCAUUUAACUGCACCAUUAGUUACCAUUCAAGAACCAAGAAAGAAAACACAAACUACAAACACUACACGAACGUUGUCGAUUUAGCUGCCAGCUGUCAAAUCCUAGUUGUAUCGUGCUCUUUGACAGAGGAAACGAGGCACAUUGUGAACCGCCAGGUCAUCGACGCAUUGGGCCCUCAUGGGAUUCUCAUCAAUAUCGGGCGGGGCCCACACGUCGACGAACAAGAGCUCGUUUCUGCAUUGCAAGAAGGGCGGUUGGGUGGGGCUGGGCUCGAUGUGUUUGAGAAUGAACCGGAGGUACGCGAGUCGUUUUUUGGACUGGAGAAUGUAGUUCUCUUGCCUCAUGUUGGAAGUGACACUUUUGAGACGAGCAAAGCUAUGGCUGAUCUUGUUGUUGCGAAUUUGGAGUCUCAUUUUCUCAAUAAACCAUUGAUUACUCCGGUUGUUUAAAUUAGAAUUAGUUAUUUUAGGAGGGUGCAUGAAUCUUGUCGCUCUAAAAAAAUUAGUAUUCUAUAGAGAAAUUUGUUGUUCGUUUUUUUCUCCAAAGGAGUAGUGGCUGGCCCGGUUUUGGGGCCUAUACAUUUCGUUUUAGGAAAAGAAAGUGUUACGGGAAUUUCUUCGUUGUACUUGCAUUUUAUAGUGACCAUUUUGUAGAUAUUUUUAC